AUGGUCGUGGAUGAACAAAAAAGGCCAACACUCAUCUGGAUGCAGAACGAUACUGCGAAAUGGGUUGGGGUUGGAGUGUUUGCAUUAGUCUGGGACGGCAGCGUGGCACAGCUGGUGUUUGCCUGUGCCGACUAUGUUGUGGCUGCCUUGGUACCUAGGCCCGCCGCCCCGCUUCCACUCCUCCACCACCACUCCACUCCACCGCCCUCGCUUCACGCGGCUCGUACCUGUGCCUGUCCCUCUCCCAACGCCCUUUGCCGUAUCCCAAGUCUUGUCGUCACCAUCACCACCACCUUCAUCAUCAUCAUCAUCAUCAUCUUCAUCAUGGCCACCACCACCAGCAACAACAACAACAAGAGUAGCAACAGCUCGCCUUUGCCGCCCAUGCUCUUCUCAUCACGCGCGCACGAGUCAGCACUUUGGCCCCCCAAUCACCAUGCCGUUGGCCAUACUACUUGCGAUUGGUAA